AUGGCAUUCGGUCCAAAUCACCGUAUACCAUCACGCCCGCUCAAGUGACAUCCAGAUGAUGAUAAGAUGCUACGGAUGACGUCAUGACAAUAAACAGAUUCCUAAUCAACAAUCGUUCAUUCUUUUACAGCGAAUUUCAGGUCAAACAUCAAAUGGAACCGUCACAAUGGUGUUAGAAUUCCUCGUGAAGAUCUCCAACCCACCGAACAACGUCCUCGGCACCAUCGUCUUCCUCGCAUACAUUGCCGCAGCUCUGGUCCUCACAUCCCACAUAGUUCUAUCACUCUACAAACAGCACCAAAGACACCCGCCACGGAGCCGCCAUGGAACAACGGUUCUCGUCGCAUUCAGCAUCGUCAGCUUCGCGACGCUGUCAUACCACAUGUCCCGCUAUCUCCUGUCGUCCUACCUCAACUGGAGCCUCACGCAAUCCUUCUUCCGGCCCCAUGAUUCGCGGUCCGUCUGGGCUUGGAUGCUGAACAGCCACCUCUUCACGUCGUUCGCGAAGGAACUACUCCGCGACGAACCCAGCAGGAAAGUAACGCAGAUAGCGCUGCUCGAGACGUGGGGCUGGAACGUCUGGAUGGCGAGAAAUGGUACGCCUAUCCCAUCUCCCCCUCCCCCAAAAUCCAUCCAAUAUAAAACCCCCCCGUUCCCCAUCGCCGCAAGUCUAUAUAUACUAACAUCACCCCCUUCCCCACAAAAAGCCUCCUACCACUCCCUCCAAACACGUACUCUCCUCCCCUACAUCGCCCUCGGCCAAAUCCUGCCCAUAACCUUCACGACAUCCCUCUUCGCGCUCCGGCUCUCCUUCCUCCCCACCCCCUCCCCCAAAUCGUCUCCCCCACCCACCAACUCCAGCAUAAGAAGUAGCAUCCUACACAUCCCCCUCCUCCUCCUAACCCUCCUCUUCCAAUCCCUCUCCUUCUUCCUCCCCCGCUUCCGCCGCUCCAACUUCUUCACCGGCCUCGUGCUAGUGACGCGUGUGUUUUUACUCCUCCCGUACGCGCCGCGGCUUCUGUCCACCACGCGGCGCCGCCCGUCGACGGCGGGGGCGGGCGGGUAUGUGACGGUGGCCGCGGUCGUGGCGCUCAAGCUCGCGGGUGCGGUGCGGGAGGUGGGAGGGUCAGAGAUUGGGAGGGUGAUGACGGGGGAGGGGGGGUGGAGUGUGAAGGCAUUGGGGUGGGAUGCGGUUGUAGGGGUUGGGGUUGCGGUGUGGCUUUGUGUUAGGGGUGGGGUUUGAUGAGCUGUGUGUAUUUAUGAGUUAUGAUUGUAGCAUUCUGUGGAGAGGGAGAUGAGGGAGACGAUUAGAAUGAUUGAAUUGGAUGGUUUUAUAUUACCUAGGUGCAUUUGUACCUGGAC